AAAUUAGCCAAAAUGGCGUUGUAGGAUAGAGGAGGUCGAACCAAAACAUCUCAUCAAUAACAGUUUGGCCUAGUUGAUUUAGUUGAAUGAAAAAUUAAUACAUUGUGAAUGAAAAUUGUGUGAAACAAAUAGACACCACGAUGUCAAUGAGAGACGUUAAAGUUUGUCUCUUAGGGGAAUCUGGUGUUGGUAAAUCAAGUAUUGUAAUGAGAUUUGUUGCUGAUAAAUUUAAGAAUGCGCUUGAAAGUACAAUAGGGGCAUCAUUUAUGACAAAAACCAUAUUUUUAGAUGACAACACUUAUAAGUUUCAAAUAUGGGAUACAGCUGGGCAGGAAAAAUAUCGAGCGCUCGCACCCAUGUAUUAUAGAGGAUCAGCUGCAGCCAUUAUCGUUUAUGAUGUUACUAGAGAGACCUCCUUCCACGCUGUAAAAGGCUGGGUUCAUGAACUGCAACGCCACGGGCCAUCAAAAAUUGUUAUUGCUAUAGCUGGAAACAAAUGUGACCUUGAAGACCUGAGAGAAGUCAGAGAGAAAGAUGCUCAAGAAUAUGCUAAAGAAAUUGGUGCUAUAUUUUGUGAAACAAGCGCCAUGACAGCUGUUAACAUUGCAGAACUAUUUGAUGCCAUAGCCAAACUUUUGCCACCAGAAGACUUGGGUGGGGGUGUGGGUCAGCCUGGGGGGAGUACCGUCAACUUAAGGAACAACGCAUCAAAAAAGAAAGGAAAAUGUUGCAGUGGCUCUGCUGAUUCAGAACCUGCCACCAACCGUCGCAGUGCUUCUGCUGCACAUGGAUCAAAUUAUUCUUCCUUUCAAUCUUGAUAUCAACAUUGGAUCAAGUCUCGUCUUCUUACUUUCAUACAAGUAUGCAUUUUGAGUGAAUAUGCAGUCAUCAGUCUUGAAAUAAUGUUAAUAUUUAUUAACAUAUUACACCUGUAGUUUAAAUCCGACGUACAUAUUUAUAUUCAAACAAAAUAUGUGCUCAGUAAAUGCAAUAUGUCACUAUCUAUACUACAUUCAAAUAUCAAUGAACAAAUGUGUAAAUGCAUGGUUUUUAAAUUUUUGAUUAAGCUGUUUAUUUUACCUAUGUGAUUUUUUUAUGAACUGGUCAAUCAUUAGAAUGUUAUAUCCAGCAGAAAGAAAUCAUGUGAAGAUAAUGUUAGUUUGUAACACAGUGCGUGAAGUCAUAUGUGAUGUGAACAGUACGCUAAUGCGUUUAUCAUUUCUUACAUUCCACUUAUCACACUAGCUACUGGUGUUAAUCUAUUGUGAUGCAAAUGUUUAUAAAUAAUUACCUACUUGCAUUUUCUGUCCAUAUUUAUUUUGAAUAUCCAUAUGCUGGACAUAAUGUUUUUAGCUUCUAUUUAAUUUGAUUUUAAAAUGUACACUUUCUAUUUACGUUGGUCCUUAGAUCAGUUUUAAUUGGAUCAGAUUUUAAGUUCAUAAGUUCAAGAGGUUUAGUUUUAGGAUAAUGCCAUCUUCUGCUGAUAAGCAACAGUGGCUCUCUAGGCUUGUGGAUCAGAUAGUUUUGAUAGUUUUGACCAUAGCAC